GCUGCCAUGGCAAGCAGGAAGUUCGUCCCUUCCAGGCCCCCAGGCCGGACUCGGGGUUUAGCUUCAGCUCCUCUAGGGAGGCCGAGAUGCCCAGUGAUACACUCUGUGAAAUUGCAAAAGCCAAAGUGGAGAAGAGAGAAAUUUCUGAAAAUGGUGGAGAUGGAAUAGAAGUCUGUGAAAAAUCCGUAUUCUUCAUUGGCAGCAAAAAUGGGGGCAAGACUACUAUUAUUCUAAGAUGUCUUGACAGAGAUGAGCCACCAAAACCAACCUUAGCCUUGGAGUACACUUAUGGAAGAAGAACAAAAGGGCACAACACACCUAAAGACAUUGCUCAUUUUUGGGAAUUGGGUGGAGGAACCUCUUUAUUGGACUUAAUCAGCAUCCCAAUAACCAAUGAGACUUUGCGGACAUUCUCUUUAGUUCUUGUUUUGGAUCUUUCAAAACCCAAUGACCUUUGGCCAACGAUGGAAAGUCUGCUGCAAGUCACAAAAACCCAUGUAGACAAGCUCAUAGUGAAACUGGGCAAGACCAAUGCUAAAGCAGCUUCUGAAAUGAGACAGAAGAUGUGGAGUAAUAUGCAGAAGGACCAUCCAGAUCGUGAAUUAAUUGACCCAUUUCCAAUUCCUCUGGUGAUAAUUGGAAGUAAAUAUGAUAUUUUUCAGGAUUUUGAUUCUGAGAAGAGAAAAAUAAUCUGUAAGACACUUCGGUUUGUUUCCCAUUAUUACGGAGCUUCAUUGAUGUUUGCCAGUAAAUCAGAAGCUCUCCUACUGAAAAUCCAUGGAAUUAUCAAUCAGUUAGCAUUUGGCAUUGAGAAAAGCAAAUCAAUAACUGUGGACCAGAAUAAACCCCUGUUUAUCCCAGCAGGAUUGGAUUCCUUAAGUCAAAUAGGGUCACCUCCUGUCUCUGAGAAUGACAUUGGAAAGCUUCAUGCACAAACACCCAUGGAGUUAUGGAAAAAAGUGUAUGAAAAAGUCUUUCCGUCAAAGAGUGCAAGUACAUCUAAGGAGACCAGAGACCCAGCACGAGACCCCCAGUAUGCAGAAAGUGAAGUUAAUGAGAUGCGAGCGCAGAAAGAUCAGGAACUGGAACAAUAUAAAAAAAAUUCUUCUAAAUCCUGGAAACAAAUCGAGUUUGACUCUUGAACCUAAUACAAGUCAACACAGGCAUCAGUAGUUUUAUUGAAUGUUCAAACAUGUGUUUGAAAUAGUUAUGAAUGAAGACUUAUUCUCUCAUACUACAACAAUUUCCUUUAUGAAAUGGCUCCUCUGGAAUUAAGGUACUUCUAACCCAGGGUUUAAAGUAGAAGGAUAGCCUUGAGUUGAGACUUCAUCAGAAGUAUCCCGCAGUAGUUAAUCUGAUUGCAUCCUCCUGAAGUCAAUCUCAUGAAAUUCCUGUCUGAAAGCCUGGAUAAAGAUGUGUGCUGAAGGGGCUGCUGAUAUGACCAAAACCUCAAAGACUCUAACCACCUAAGAACUAAAGGCUUCAGUUUCAGUAGGAUAACCAGCAUGUUUGUGUAUAAGCCAGCCAGCUUAAAUGUGUAGAAACCUACCAGUCUGAAUACACAGAUCAAAGUCUUUCAGUUGACAGAUACUGGAUUAUAUUAUUGAUAUGUCUGAAAUUAAAAGCUAGCUCUCAACUUUGGGGAAGAAAAAGUAUAAUGAAUAUGAAUUUUCUAAAAAUUUGGAAUAAUUUGAAUACUAUGUUCAUGUAUUCACAUAAAUAUUUGUAUUUUCUGAUAGCUAAUAGGUAGAGAGGGUCAAGAAGCCUAUUUUAUUUGAAGUUCUGCUAUUGAGUUGGAAAAAUCAUUAACUCUGUAUCUCAGUAAAAUAUAGAUUACGCUUAGAUUGCUUUAUUUUUAUUUUGCUUAGUGUGAAUUAUAUAAAUCUGAUUCAUAUAUGCAUCUCUAAUACUUUUAGAUUUUAUUAAUAUGAACCCAAAAGUCUUUGCUGUAUUAAAAAAAUACAAAUAGAAAGUAAAUUACUGUGUAAUCUUUUUGUACAAACACUAAGGGACAGGAAUCAAAUGUAUCAUAUGGGCAAUGUUAUUUGAGUUUUUUAUAGUACAGGGUCAUUUAUAACCAAAUCCAUGGAAUGGCUAGCUAUAGAAUUCAUGGUCAUAUAAAAAGCUAUGUGACAUAUAUUUCAUUGAUUGAAUAAAUGCUAAUAAGUGUUGAUUUUAACAUUAAA